AUGGAUGAGUUCAUUCGCUUCGUCAAGCAGCAUCGACGUCAGAUCACCCGUCUCGCCAAGAAGGCGUUCACUUUUUGGAAGAAGAGCCAGGGUGGUGGAGAACAUCAACAAGGCGGUGGUGCCUCUUACGGUCAAGCAGCCUCUUAUGGCCCACAAGCAUCACACCCUCCUCAGCAAGGCGGAUAUGGAGGCGACAGUGGAGGUUAUGCAGCAGAAGCCGGAUCAGGCGGCUACGACCAUCCCCCACCACAAGGUGCCUACAGUGCUCCUCAGCCACACUACGGCGCAUCCACUCAAGGACCUCACUACAAAUACUCAGCAGACAACCAGGUAAACCAACACGAUGCAAACUACAUCAACCUCCGCAAUCAGGCUCGUUCCGAAGGGGACAAGAUGGCCCAAUGCUUCGAUCAAUCCCACAAGGCUUUCGCUCAAGGCGACGGCGCCCGUGCUAAACAACUCAGCAACGAAGGACACGAACACAAGAUGAACAUGGAACGUCUCAACAAACAAGCGGCUGAUUGGAUCUUUAUGGCUAACAACGAGGAUUCACCCCAGGGUACAGUGGAUCUGCACGGUCUGUACACUUCGGAAGCGCUGGAGAGGACCGAGCAGGCGGUGAGACAGGGUCAGAGUCACGGUUGUUCCCAGAUGAGGAUUAUUGUCGGUAAAGGUUUGCACAGUAAGGAUCACCGUCAGCAUAUUGCUCCGGCUGUGGAGAAGAUGGUGCGUGAUUAUAGCUUGGAGGCUCAUCUGGAUCCAAGAAAUGCUGGUGUGUUGGUAGUGAAUUUGAGGGGAAGCGGACAGGGUGGAGCGGCUUUUACUCGUGAUUUGGCAAAGCAGACGACUGGGAAUGAGGACGAGUGCGUUAUAAUGUAG